CUUAGUGUGGAGCUGCCAACGCCCGGUGUUGAGACCCAAAUAGAGAAUACGGUACGAAAAAUUAAAAAUACCCACAUAUAGUGAUUAAGGUCUUGAAUGAGUAGAAUAGACUGUAAACCACAGCUAUGCAGACCAUCAAGUGUGUUGUAGUCGGUGACGGUGCUGUGGGUAAAACCUGCCUGCUCAUCUCCUACACUACAAACAAGUUUCCCUCCGAAUAUGUACCUACGGUGUUUGACAAUUAUGCUGUAACUGUAAUGAUCGGUGGGGAACCCUAUACUUUGGGAUUGUUUGACACAGCAGGUCAAGAAGACUACGACAGGUUACGUCCUUUGAGUUAUCCCCAGACAGAUGUCUUCCUCGUCUGUUUUUCAGUCGUGUCCCCUUCCUCCUUUGAAAAUGUCAAAGAAAAGUGGGUUCCUGAAAUUACCCACCACUGUCCAAAGACGCCCUUCCUCCUAGUCGGGACGCAGAUCGACUUGAGGGACGACCCGUCCACUAUAGAGAAGCUGGCCAAGAACAAGCAGAAGCCCAUCACCCCAGAGACGGCAGAGAAGCUGGCAAGAGACCUCAAGGCAGUUAAAUAUGUGGAGUGCUCAGCUCUCACACAGCGAGGACUGAAGAAUGUUUUUGAUGAAGCUAUCCUAGCUGCCCUAGAGCCACCUGAGACUCAGAGAAAGAGGAAGUGCUGUGUGUUUUAAUCUCUCUGGGCAACGGCUCUCGUCUCUUCCUCUUCUGGUUGCCGUUAGUUACCUCCUCUCUACAUUCCUCAUCCCGCCUUCUCUCUCUUCCAUUGUUCAUCAUGUUUUCUCAGAUGGUGCAGCGUUGUUAAUGUUUGUUCGUCGGCAUGUUGAGCUGACGUUGGUCCUUUCCUUGUUUGUUAGCUUGAGCUUUUACAUCAGUUGGUUCUAAUUAAGGUCAGAAGGACGACUUGUUGGCUCAGAAUGGAACAGGAAGCAACGCUUUCUGUUUCUAACCGAGUUGUUCUGAGAAGUCAGCUGGCGAUGGGACGGUUCUGAACUCAGAGGUCACAGCAACAGCAAAACUCUUGUGUGAAGGUUGUUGCUGGCAAAAGAAGACCUUACGUUAACUUUUUCCACCAUCAGUAAAUUUCCAUCAAUACUGUUUUAACAUUUUCAGGCAUUUGAAAGUAUUGGUUAAAUGUUAAAAUUUUAAAUAACUUCCACAAUUCCGCAAAAAAUGUUUUCUUGCUCCCUUAAGGUGGUUUUUGGCUGUUCUGAAAAGUUAGUAUUAGAGUUAAUGCACUGAAGUGGAGAUGAAGAGAUAUAUACAGGAAAUGUUCUGAUGUAGCAAACCUCACCUGACCGAUGAACUGUUUCCUCUUCGACUCAUUAGAAAUGUUUCUUUCUCUACAUCGCCAAAACCAGCUGACAUAACAGAACAAGUCCUACUUACCUGAUAACACGUUCCUGAAAACCUCUGCAUUUUUUCUGAUGUGUGAUCCAUUCUAGUUUCUACUUCCUGUUUGAACGUCAACAUGUGACUUAACUUUACGUUUCGAUUUGUUCGCUCCAAAUUCGUAAAUAAAUAGAAACAGAAACCUAAUUCAGAUGAUCUUUUUCUUUCUUUGCGGCAUUUCAAAACUUGGGUCAAAAUUUCCUUGACAGUUGGAUGGAAACAUAGCCAGUGACAUGUUCAUAAUGAAACCGAAGCAAGCGUGUUGCUGUAAGGAAGUUUAAUUAUCUGUGGUUCACUCAGGCUUCCAGAGAGAAUGCAGACAUUAAGCAGAUAACAGGAACGUUUCUAAACUUUGAAUCUCUCUUAUGAAACAAGCUGGAUUUGGAAAUCUUGGAAUCGUUUAGGAAAUCUUUUCCUAAUAUUAUUGAUUAAAUGGGAAGGCUGGAAAAAGAAGUUUUGAAUGUUGCCUUCACUUUUUUUGUAGUUCAGGAAGAGAAAUAUAAUCAACUAAAAUAUGUCCACAUGUCCAAGCUUCACAAAAACACAAUAUUGCAGUUUCAGCCUAAAGGUUUCAUGAACAGAACAUGAAGAACAUGAAGGUUUCAUGAACAGAACAUGAAGAACAUGAAGGUUUCAUGAACAGAACAUGAAAACUCAGCACUUAGUUUUCUGAUAGUGUUGUGUGCAGAUUGAAAAGUAUUUUGGAUAAAUGAACUUGUUCUCUGGAGCUUCUUUCUGGCUCUUUCUGGGUGAUCAAACCUCACAGGCCUGAGCUUCUGAUCAAACACACACUAAGCUCAGCACUACUGUUUCUACACAAAACACUUUUUUUUCUUUAAAUGUCGUAUUUUCAGUUGUUCAGCCUGUUGCACUGAUUCAGGAGUUAUUCUGUUUCCUCCACUUGCUUGUCUCACUGUCUCUGAUCCUAGCAGCAGUCAGAUCAGCACGCCUCUCCCACACUUCUGAGUUGAUCAAAUGAUUUGCAACUGUCUGUAUUAUUUUUCUUUGCUUUUUCCCCAAACUUCCUGCAUUUGCUCAGUUAGUGUCUUGCAAAAGUAUAUGCAACCCCUGUUUAUUAUUAUUAUUAUUCUUUAAAACUUUUUAUACCAUUACAACCACAAACUUAAAUGCAUUUAUUAGGAUUUUAUGUGAUGGACCAUCAGAGUAGAGUAUGGUUGUGAGUUGUAUUUUACCAAACUGGGACAGAGUACAGGUUAUAGCUACAGCUCUUUAUUUGUCUCAACUGAAAAUGAUGCCAACUCAAGUUUUCCAGUGUUUCCUCAGAUUCUGAAUAUGAUUUCUGACUGGACCUGGACAGGGCUAUUCUAAUGAAUAAAUAGACUUUGGUCUCAAGCAUUUCAUUUCAGCUCCAGCUGAAUGUUUCGGGUGGUCUUACAGGGAGUCUGCUGAUGCUUCUGUCAGCUUUUCUUCUGGAAUAUUUAGCUUCAUCCACCUGAACGCUGCCAACCAACUUCCACAUGGCAGCAGCCUCCUAUUUUCCCUUCACACACACACACACACACACACACACACACACACACACACACACACACACACACACACACACACACACACACACACACACACACACACACACACACACACACACACACACACACACACACAGUGUUUCAUAGAAGGCAUAAAUGUUUAUCUGACGUCACAAGAUGAUUUUGAUUCAAUUUAAUUCACAAAUCUGCAAUAUGUGUCCAUCUGACAUAAAUCAUUUCUAAUUAGAAAAAAAUCUGAAUGCUAAAAAUAGAAAAUCAAACCAUGCAUAGGCAUACCUGAAAUUCAAGUUGAGCCAUAUGUAUAUAUAUUCUAAAAUGUUGUGUCCCAUACUUCAUUGAAACACUUUUUGAUUGUGUUUCUAGCAUUCUGACGAGAACCAGAUCCCAUCUGGACUCUUUGAACACUCUUGGUGGUGCUGAGUCCUUUUUAAAUCAUUGUCCUGGCAUUUCUUUAUUGCAAUACUAUUAAAUAGUGACACUUGACUGACCGGUGACUAAUUAUUGACGAUGUCGCAUUCAACAAUAAAUUAACUAAUUGCAAUAACAUUGCAUUUUAUUAUGUGUUUGCAUUCCUGCUACACAGUAACAAGUAUUUGGACAGAACUUUCUUUGCAUGCCAACAUCAACAUUCUGCUUUAUGUUGGUCUAUCACUUAAAAUCUCAACGUUUGUGGUAAAAUAAGCAGCAGGUAUGUGAAGACUCGUGCACUAUAAAGGAAGUUUGACACGGCUUUGCUGUUUAAUAUUUUCUGUUUAGUUUCAUCUGUGUGUGUGUGCUGCUCCUUUACCCCCUGUGUGUGUUUGUGU